AUGAGUUUCUGGAUUUUUGCCCUUCUGAUUGGCCAGGUAUUCGGCUACUGUCCUUCCGACUCGCUGCUCAUCACCGACCUCGGCAGUUGCUUUUUCUUUGCAAAUUUUCCAGCCAAGGGUGACGACGCGGAGCAGUUCUGCCACUUUUAUGAUGGCCACUUGGUGAAUGUAGAAAAUGCAUUCGAGAAUUCAAUCGUGGCCAGUUAUGCAUUGAAAGAGAUCGGAAACGUGCAAAUUCUACUUGGCCUUCAGCACAAUACCACCAACGACUUGUGGCUUUGGCGCGAUGGGACGAAUGCUACGUAUUUUCAUUGGGCUGCAGGUCAACCCGAUUCUGGCGGAUGUGUGGCUCUGAAUAUCGAGGAGCGCACUUGGAGGACGAUCGACUGCGCCACUCCGCUCCCUUUUGUGUGCAGAUUUGCUGAGCUGCAGACAACCACACCACAUACGACGACUCCGGAUCCAGAUGCGGUUUGCGAGGACGGCUGGAAAUAUUUCGCGAAGACUGAUAUGUGCUACCUUCACGGCCGAGAGAUGUCCUACUACGAGGCCGAGGACUUUUGCCAGGAACACCGGGGUCAUCUCGCAUCGAUUCACAGUCAGGAGGAGAACGACUUUGUAAGAGACCUCGCCUACAACACGACCUGCGACCGUAACGGCAACAGGUGGCUCUACGGGGUGACGGUGCUUGGCGGGCAGGUCAACGAGACAAGCAACGAAACAAUGUGGUGGACUGACGGGUCGGCUCCGGACUUUACGGCUCGGCUCUGCAGUUCGGGCAGUGGGUCUGAAGGGAAUUAUAUCUUGAUGCAAGCCUACCCGCCGGAAUGCUUCGAAAAAUGCGCCGAUGGGGCUUGGGUCGUGACUCCAUUCGAGAGCACCGACGGGAACAAGUGGCCCGAGUUUGUCUGCAAAGCUAAGCCGAUGAAGGAGCUCCAUCUAAUAGAUGGACUUUAUUCUUCCAAAUUUGAA